UGAAGCAUAAAGACAUGCGAGAGCGGGUGCAACGGCCGUCAAGAAGUCAGUGAACGCCAGCAAGACAAACACAACUAAAUAAGACUUCAGGUCUAUUCAAAACUCAGUAAGUGCGUGUUUAAGCGCGUGUUCAAGCCAAAAAUAAAAGAAAAACAAAAGCGAGAAAAAAAACGUACAAAAGUGUUAAGCAUGGUUGUGCAAAAGGCAAACACGCCCACUUUGCCAGCUGCAGCUGUGGCAGACAGUCCGGCCAACUGCUACAUGCAACAGUAUCACAAAUAUGCCACACACUGCGAGACGGCAGACAGUGGCAAUGGCAGCGAUCUGGAGAGCAAUAGCGGACCGGUGCAGGCAGCACUCACGCUAACGGACGACAGCGAGGAGAGUGAGCCAUCCUCGCUCAACAGCGACUCCCUCAACUGUAGCAGCACGGAGUAUGUGCGUCAAGCGGCGGCCAAGCCAAGCGGUCAGUUGAGGCAGCGCCACAAGUCGCUGCGCAUGCUGGGCACACUUUUACCGGACUCCCUGCUGCGGGACAUACGAGACAGACGGAGUGCGGAGUAUGUGGUGCAGUUCACCAGCCCUGCCACAGGGGUCAAGGACAAGCCGCCUGUCGAGACUGAGCUCGAGACUGACAAUGGCGAAAUCGAAGCCGAGUUGCGUGCAACGCAACGACUCUCGCUCAAUGAGGCAAGCAUUGAAGAGCUGCGCGCGGCGGUGCAGCGCGCCAACUUCGUGCAAACCGGUGAGGAGUCGCCACCGCCACCGUCACCAGUUGUAACCGCAAGACAAACAAGCAACGGCAACAGCAAUGGCAACGGCAACGGCAACAGCAAUCGGUGCAGCAGCCGCAGCAGCAACUACAAAUAUGCUGACGAUCAAUACUACAGCUUUCACAUCAACGAGCACGAGAACUUUCGGAGCUUUGCGCGGCAUGGAGACGAGCCGCAUCUAACGGUUAACGAUGAUGCCGAGCAACACGACGUGUUCGCCGGCUAUCGGGACUUGAGGAGCAACGCCAGCUCCACACAAUCCACAAUACGCUCAGCCAAGGGCACCGUUCGCGGUGUUAAGAAUCGUGUGCGCAAUGGAAUAGCCACAUUCUUGCAGCUGCAACAGCAGCCAAAUGCCAAGUGUUACAUGGAGAAAGAUAUGGGCAAGGUGGUGCUGUAUACGACCAGCAUGGGCGUCAUACGGGACACCUACACGAAAUGUGCCAAUUUGAAACAGAUUCUGCGCACCCUGCUGGUCAAGUUCGAGGAGCGGGAUGUCUUCAUGAGCGUGGAGUACCAGGCGGAGAUGCGACAACGUAUGCAAUCCUCACAGAUACGCGUGCCCCAGCUCUAUGUGGAGGGUCAGCAUAUUGGCGAUGCGGACACUGUGGAGCGAAUGAACGAGUCGGGGGAGCUGCGACAACUGUUGAAGCCCUACAAAUCGAUAGCCAGCAACUAUACCUGCCAGACCUGUGGAGGGUAUCGUCUUCUGCCCUGCCCCUCGUGCAACGGCUCCAAGAAGUCUGUGCAUCGCAAUCACUUUACGGCCGAAUUUGUAGCGCUCAAAUGCAUGAACUGUGACGAGGUGGGGCUAGUCAAGUGCCACAACUGCUGAGUGGCAUCAGCCUCAGGACUGUCCCUCUAUCUAUCCAUCUGUCUAUCUA